CGCUGGCUUCUGGCAUUCGGCUACGAACUGGAUUUUCUCAAAUCUGGAUCCGGAGUCACUUUACGCGGCUAUUUCAGCAAAUUUCAUCCUGUCAGACGGCAAACCGGUGUAAAAUACGUGUGAAAUUUGAAUUAUAUUUCGGGUAGACCAACAUUUAUCGCUUUGUUUGUAUAUUGGCAAAGCCAUUUUGUUGGGUUUAAAGAUUGCUGUACAAAUGUCAUUGUCGGGUCGAGAAUGUUUGGCUGUUCCGUCUUUUUGUGCUUUCUCGUGAGUUUAGCGGGGACAGUCAGGAAAACAAACAGAUCGAACGAAGAAAGAUCGAAACCCGGUCGGUUGAAGAGGUUAUUUGGCGGGGAAUGACUCGCUUUCAUGCAUUCCUUAAUCGGUGCUUGUUGCUUUUCCUACACAUAUUCGUACUUUUGAAUAUCAUUCGUUUUGAACCGUGGUAGCAGCAGAGUAUAGUCUAUCCGCUUCGGUGUUGUGUUUUAAUGUCCGUGUUUACAGUAUCAAUUUUAGCUAAUUCGACGUCCAUCGAUAGAUAUUUACCACUUCAAAUUCGGUGUUAAACAUUUACCGCUAUGAGUACGAGGCGUUUGGUAAAGCGAUCGAUCCUGGGGAGCCGGGUGUUUACGCCGAGUCCGACAGGGGACGGGGCUCCGUUGACAGGACUUGUACAGGCUGUCAAGCAGCAGGAAAACAGAGACGUUUCAACCGGACCCCGGCGUAAUGUCUACAUGGUGUUAAUGCAAGACGGAAGCCUGAAAGAAUUCUCAGAGGACGAGAUAUCGGUGGGCUUCAACCAAACGACGGCGAAAGGACCGCUCAGAUCGAGCUUGAAGCAGAGCGUCUGGAACGGCCGGGGGAACGGGGCUCCUCUGCAGAGCCAGACCAUGGAGGCCCAGAAGGGGGAGGCCAACUCCCUGAGCCCAGACGCGUUGAAGGGGGAGCGGGGAGCAGAUGGUAGGAGGAUGGGGCGCCCCCUUGAGGGUCCAGAGAGGGACCACACCCGCUCUGUCUCCCUGCUGGAGCAGAAACGCAAGGUGGUGUCAUCCAGCAUCGAUGUGCCCAACGUCAGGAAGUCAGAGGAGGAAGUGGACAUGGAGAAGGUGACAGCUGCCAUGGUUCUGACCAGUCUGUCCAGCAGUCCGCUGGUCAGGAGUCCUCCUGUCAAAGUCCGUGAGUGUCUGAAUGGCUCGUGGAAGGACAGAGGUGGAGGCUUCACCCCCUCCAGUUACAGCAGCAGUGGCUAUUGGAGCUGGAGCGGCCCUAGUGACCAGUCCAACCCGUCCACCCCCUCCCCACCGCUCUCCGCAGACAGCUUCAAGCCUUUCCGUAUGCCCAGCAUCAACGGCCCGCCCCCCGACGACGCCAUCGACGAACAGGACGGCAGCAGCCUGCUCUUUGACGAGCCAAUCCCACGCAAGCGCAAGAACUCCAUGAAGGUGAUGUUCAAGUGCCUGUGGAAGAACUGUGGGAAGGUUCUGAGCUCGGCUGCAGGGAUACAGAGACACAUCCGGACUGUUCACCUGGGGCGUAACUGUGACUCUGACUGCAGUGACGGAGAGGAGGAUUUCUACUACUCAGAGAUCAAACUCAACACAGACUCAGUGGCUGACGGUCUGAGCAGCCUGUCCCCUGUCUCCCCCUCGGUGCUGUCCCCCGUCCCUCCCUCCAAUGACCGCCACAGACGACCCCCCGCAGAGGGCAGCAACGGGUCCAGUGGGAACAAGGAGAACCACAGCCACGCCCACUCAAACACCACGCCCCUCAGUCGCUCUGCCCCCAGCGCCCUCUACCUCAUCCACACUGACCAUGCCUACCAGGCUACAUCUCCAGUUACCAUCCCCUCCACUGGGUCAGGCUCUGCUGCCUCCACCUCCUUCACCCCCAGCAGCAGCUCCAAUUUCAGCAUCUCCUGGCAGUCACCUCCUGUCACCUUCACUGGCACCGCUGUCUCUCCCACUCACAGUCGGACUCAGAGCUUUGUAGAGCAGCGGCCCCAGACCAUAUCAGUCCUCUCCUCCCCUCCCAGAGCCACUGGCUCACUCAGCCGUAAGUCCCGUGGCGAGGGUAAGAAGUGUCGCAAAGUGUACGGGAUGGAGAACAGGGACAUGUGGUGCACUGCCUGCCGAUGGAAGAAAGCCUGCCAGAGAUUUACUGACUGAUUUAUUGACUGAACCAACCAAGUAACCAACCGACCAACCGCUGUGGCUGCAUGCCCUUCGCCAUGGAAAUCAGGGAUGUUCCUUUCUGUUCCCUUCCUAAGCAUGCGUUAACGUCACUCCAAAACCAAUGAUCAGUCUACUCCGACCCCUCCCUAACCCGACCCCUCCCUAACCCGACUGUCUAUCAGAACCAACAGGAUGGAGCUUACAGCUGUCCUGAGUAAAUCCCAAGUUAACUCUAGCUCCCUCCCACUUCCAACCUCGGAAGCAACAACCAACACGCAGCUCCAGCUCUAAAGAUGACGACAACAUCAAAAUAACUCUGCUUUUUAUAUGUUGAGUUUGUUGUCUCUCUUCUUUCUAUGUUUUGAAAAACAAAAGGCAUCUCAGAUUUUUUUUUUUUAAAGGAACAUUCGUCAGGCUAGAAGGGACCAGAAAACAGGCUUCCAUUGUCCAUAGAAGACUGGCCAUUUUGUUUUAUCUUUGGGAGAAUCAAAAGAGAGGAGGGGAAAGAUCCUUCUUUCCUCAGUCCCUUUCUCUCUGUUCUAUCCUGUACAGUCUGGAUCUCUACUCCCUCUCUCCUCCGUCGUCACCCCAUGGAAUGGAUCUUGUGUGUCUGGACUCGGGAGGGGUCGAUAGCACCCCCCUGGUGGGGGAAAAUUGAUCAAUUCCAAAACGAAUACAAAUACCCAGUCAGGGUGCUGAACAGACUAACAUUGCCAGCAGCAACAAGCCCCACACCACAACGCCACAAGCAAUUCAACACACAGCAACACAGGACAACACAGUUUUCUAUCUCAAAUCACCAGAACUCCACAGCACCAGAACUCCACAGCACCAGAACUCCACAGCAC